UCCCGUUUUGUGAUGAAACUACACUAUUUAACAUUUUUCCAAUUUUUUUGUACCAAAUAAUUCUAUUUUAUUUAUCAUUACAGUAAUUUUGAGAAAGCACAAAAUAUACACGGCCGAAGCCGGCUAAUUCAGCUAUAUUUUAUAUAUAUAGAAGAUUAUCAUAGCUUAGCUUGCUUUUUAAUGAAGAGCUCAGAGCUGGCCUUACUCAAUAGUCAAUACUCGUAGACCUUAUAGUAUAAGGCCUUACCAUGUUUUUUGGUAACUUAGAUGGCGCUCAAUCGUAACUUGUUCAUAAAACCAGUAGACAGUAAGAACUUUUUGUUAUAUUAUUCCAAUUACUGAAUUACCUAUGGACUUCGAUUUCUAAUUUGAAUCACGGCUUUAGAUUGAUAUUAUGUCCGUGAGCUGGACAUUACCUAUUUCGGCUGAGGUCCGUGCUUUCACUGAUGAUCGAUAUCUCGUUGCACCAAUGAAUAUAGAUUUUUUAUUAAUUUACACUUGAUAAGUGAUAAGAAUUAAUGACUAUUGACUGAGAUAGUGCUAAAUGGUAUAGCAGGUAUGACGAUUUGUAAUGUAGUCUGUACAAGAUAUAUUUUCUUUGGUCUUAUUAAAGUCAUCAGUCAUCACUACAGUGACAAUAGUUAAAUAACGGUUCGUUAUUUUGUUGAUGAUUGUUCGUAAGUCUAAACAUCAUUAUACUGUACUACUGUAGUUAUUUAUUUAUUUUUUCAUCAUAAAUUUAUUACUGAAGAAUGAAAGUAAUGAAAAUCGUUACGUAAGUAGUACUCUCCGUGCCUAAUUCAAAGUUCAAUAUUAUCUCGUCUUUGCCGGAAUAAAGUACAUCAACGUUGCUCGUAAUAUUGUGACUAUCGAUCAAAGUUCGUGAAAAUUCUUUAAAAAACUCGAGAUGGAUGACGAUGGUAAACAAAAAUCCAAACAGUAUCUGACAACAAUGUUGGAUCAUGCUGAAAUUCAUAUCGAAAACAUACGAAAAGAAGCAUUGAAGAUGGCAGAAGAUCUCGAAAACGUUUAUAACAGUGUAGAAAAUGUGAAGAAUUCCAACCUGCUGGACCAUCUGAGUGACGUUGAUAAAGAAGACAUUAAUCAGUUUGCUAAUCGUAUCAUAGACAGAUGUGAAACUGUUAAUAUUAAUGUGCUCACCACCAGGAGUGAUAGUCAACAAAAUUGUUUGGAAGAAAUAAACUCAAUGAUUGACAGAAUAGUGAAUACAUUGAAAGAUGACCCAGAUAAUGCCAAGGCUAUGUGUCAGGCGUACAUAGCUUCAUGUAGUCCAUUAGAAAAUGAGGUUGGCUGUAAGGUUUUUGAAACGGCCGUCUUGGGGUGUACCCUUGAUGAUCAGAAACGCAUUAUUAAGCGACUACAAGGGCUGUUAAAUUACAUUAUAGGAUCAAAAGACAAAUAACUUAACAAAUCUCAAUUUAAUUGUGGUUGAAGAAUUUCUGUUGUGGUAUGGAACUGUACCAAAUGAGCCUUGAAAUUAAAAAUAAAUCAUAAAUUCAAAU